GGCCAAUGGGAUGGGAGGUUAUUCCGAGUUGCUCUCGGUGUGGCACUGAGGAGCGGCUGGAGCGGAAAGUUGGUAAAACUGUGGCAGAAUGUUUCUUACGGCGUUUCUGCUUCGGAAAGGAAUUCCAGGCAAACAGUGGAUAGGAAAGUACAGACGCCCUAGGCAAAUCACCUGGCAAAUGAAGCGUAAUUUAAUUAAAAGACUGGAAAUCGAAAGGGAGACAGAGUACUGGCUGAGCCGGCCCUGGAUGACUGUGGAGCAGGAACGAGGUCAUGCGGCACAACGCAGAGCUGAACGUUGGGAGGCUUUCAAGAAUGCCAAAUCUGCAAACUUCCCUAAAUUCAAGUAUAUUGAAGAACAUUUAAAUCACCUAAACGUAACCAAAAAGUGGGGCAUAUGAAAAAUUUGGCAGAAGAAUCCUUUUUAAUUAUGUUGCCAGAUAUACUGAGGUGCCUCCUGCAAAUUAUUGUGAACUCCAACUAGUAAUAACGUUGCACGUUAAGUAUAGUGAUUUAAUUUUGGAAAUUACCUGUAGUGUUCAGAGUAUUUGGGUAAUUUUAAGACCUGAUAAUUGAUGAUGGAGAUUUACAUUUCUAUUUUACUUAUCUUCUAUGUGUGUCUAUUCAUGACCACUCUAUUUAAAAAUGUCAGGAAACUUUUAUUAAAGAAUAAGAUUAAUUCUAAAAGUUUCACCUUUAUUUUUCUGGUUCGUACUUUCAUACACUCAUUUACUGGAAAAGGUAGGAGUUCAGCUUUUGACUUGCAUUUCAAGUGCAGUGCUUGCUGGUAGUUAUUCUUUAAGCACUUGUUAAAACGACAAAGACAAGAAGAUUUGAGGAUCCUCUUCCUGUUCCUCAAUCCACCCAAGAAUGCAUUAAGAUAUUUUAAAUUCUCACUCGCAAUUCAUUGAAUUCAUACAAAUGAAGAAUAUCUGUUUGAAUUUGCAGUCUUUGCUAAGAUGUGCUUAAACAAAUGCCUUCAGUGUGUCUAUUCUUUAGAAAACUGGCCAGAGUAUCUGCUUUGGGUGAAUAUGCAGAAACUUCUGCAGUCUACGCAUUUGGCAGAGAACAACUUGAUGGAUUUAACUGUCAAGACAGAAAUGAAUAAUGCUGGGGUUCUUAAGAGCAGUUGGAAUCCAUGUAAUUGUACCUUUAGCAAGAUGUUAUUUCUUUCAAAAGUAAUUUGGGGAAAAAAAAAUUCACACUAGAAACCAUGUAUUGAUUUGUUAGAGAUCAUUUUAGAUAACCAAAGCUAAAUUUUAUCAUUAUGUAUCAGUUUAUUCCUGUGAGCCUCUAGCUCACUGCCAUUUGCAGACAGUAGCGUAUGAAUCACAUUUCUUAUUCCUGGGUAUUGAUCUUCGUAUAGAAA